AUGCUCGCGGUAACAAGGGCGUCCUCCGUGUGUCCACGUUUCCGUCACCUGAUAACUGGCACGUUCAACACCUCCUUCCUGCACUUGCUCGCGUACGAUACCCUCAACAAGGCUCUCUUCGUAUCUCGCUCGAUAGAGGCGCAAGGCCCGCAUCAAUUCUUGGCAGUGGGGCGUACCGCACAGAGCGACGACCGGCCGGAUCUGCUGUAUGCUACGACAUGGGCCUCGCCACCCAGCUUGAGUGCUUGGCGAGUAACUGGCUUGGAUGACCAGGCCGGCUCCGUAACAUCCCCUUCGUACAAUGUCCCUCCCGGCCCUUCCCGGUUUCUCUACUCAGCAGGAGGGCCUACUGGAGAAGUCCACUCGCUCGACCCAUCGAGUGGUGCGCUCCUCUCCAAAGAACAAGAGCUCAAUUUUCUCCCCGAUCCUUCGCCGUUCGCGCUGGCCCAAGCAGAUAAGACUCGCAGAGCACUGCGAUACGGUGCACAUAAUCUUGACGUUGCUCGAAACGGCGUUGCAUAUGUCGCGGACCUUGGUCGGAAUGCAAUCUUGGCGUAUAAAGUUGACAAGAAGGACGGGACGCUACAGCUCUUGUCUGAGACUCGGAGUCCCCGCCAAGGUGACGGCCCACGGCACGUGGUCCCGAGUCCGGAUGGCAAACUCAUUUUUAGCGUGACAGAGCACACAUCCUACGUCGAUGUCUUUCGCGUUCCUUCUUCGUCGCAAGCUGUGGCACAGAAUAUGGGCAAGCUUGAAUAUCUCCAGUCGCUCGAUCUAUUACCAGACCGAGUCCAGCGCGCCGACUAUCGCGGUGAUACGGUGCGACUCUCGCCUGAUGGGCAUUCCGUCAUCGCGAGCACGCGAGGCAAGACGCGUGCGACCAAGGGCAUUAUACGAGCAUGGCGGCUCUCUCAAAGUGGGCAAAGCGACCAGCCAGUCGUCAGCGAGCCGUUAUGCACAUACGAGACGCCAACAUCGGGAGGCAAGGCGAACGCAGUCGAGUUUGCCAUGCGAUACGAAUCUGGCUUUGCAGCGAGCUCGGACGCAGAAAGGGAAUCUAGCUCAUCCAGAGUCAAGGACUUGGCUGUUCUGACGGAUGAUGAGCAGGGCUGGCUGUGGAUCCUGGAAUGGAAUGGGCAAGACCUCAAAGAAGUGGCGAAGACCAAGUUGCCAGGUAAAGGUAAAAACGAUGCAGGUGAUGACGCCGAUGAAGGCGCCAGCCAUGCUGUUUGGCUGUCGUAAUGCAAUGUGGUCAAGCGCUCCCUGUGCAGUCUUUCUUUUGUAUACUAGAAGGCAGCCUGGAGCUUCAAACAUGUUUACAAGCCACCCGUGGCCAAAUCGCAAGCUUAUUGCGGGAACGACGAG